ACUUAUGCAAUAAACAAUUGAUCACACACACACAAAAAAUUAUAAGUUACAAAUAUGCCCGAGAUGGGACGCUGUGAGGGGUCUAAUUGUCAUAUUUCCGACAGUUUUGAACGCAGCCUGAGCCGCAGUAUAGCUGACAGACAGACAGACAGACAGAUCUCACAUCAGACAAACAGUCAUCACGAACACAUCUGACGGAGCAGAGCAGCAGAGAUUCUUUCCUUUCAUUCAUUUGCGGUUAAUUAGCGGAUCAUCGCCGGUAUGAACACGGAGGAGACGAGCCUGGAGCUGAAGGAUGCUGCGGAAACCAAAGAUGCUGAGCCGAAGGAUGCGGAUCCGCCGCAGGUCGCCUCGGAUGCUGAUGCGACGGAGGCCGACGUGAGUGAAGCGGACCUGGACCAGGAGGAGCAGGAGAAGCAGCCGAUGACCGCAGGAGAAGAGCGGGCUGCGGACGCGUCGUCUGCCGGCGGAGAGGCGGAGAAGAACGGCUCCGUGAAGCUGAAGAUCCCGGAGGAGGCGGAGGAGGAGGAGGAGGUGAAGUUCACCGGGCUGAGCAAGGAGGAGCUGCUGCGGGUGGCCGGGACUCCGGGCUGGGUGCGGACUCGCUGGGCACUGCUGGUGGUGUUCUGGCUCGGCUGGUUGGGGAUGCUGGGAGGAGCCGUCCUCAUCAUCCUGCAGGCUCCACGCUGCAGAGAUCUGCCCGCCACCAGCUGGUGGAACAAAGGCCCGCUGUACCAGAUCGGAAACAUCCAGGUUUUUACUGAUGCCCACAACCUGAAGGGUGUGGAGCAGAAGGUGGACAGUUUGUCUAAGCUGAAGGUUAAAGGUUUGGUAGUUGGACCGAUCCACGUCGCUCCAGCAGACGAAGCCAUGAGUCUGAGGUUCGAGGAGAUUUCCUCUGAAGCUGGAAACCUGGAGCAGUUUAAAAGUCUCGUGCAGGCUGCUCACAAGAAGGGUAUUAAUGUGAUUCUGGAUCUGACUCCGAACUAUCAGGGAUCAUCUGGACCCUGGUUCUCCAACACCACUGUGACCAGCGUCGCUGAGAGACUCAAGUCUGCUCUGGUGUUCUGGCUGAAUGAAGGCGGCGUGGACGGCGUGCAGCUGUCGGGGGUCGAGCGCGUCGCCAGCGUGGUGCCGUCUCUGUGGACCGACAUCCGAGCCAUCGUCCAGAACCAGACGAACGAGCGUCCCGGCAAGAGAGUGCUGAUCGGCGUCACAGAUCGAUCCUUGGCUGAAGACGUGUCCUCGCUCCUCUCCUCCACUGGAGUCGACUUGCUGAUCUCCAGGGUCCUCCGUCCCGGAGACACGGACGCCACGGAGCGCGCUCAGCUCAUCCAGCACUUGUAUUCGUCCCACAACCAGACCAAGCUGGCCUGGAGCCUGGGGGGCCGGGCUGAGGGUCACCUGGCGUCACUGGUGGGCCCGGCGCUGGUCAAACUGUACCACUUGCUGCUGCUGACGCUGCCCGGGACGCCCGUCUUCAACUACGGAGACGAGAUCGGCUUGAUGGACGAGGACAACAAGUUUCCCAAGAUGCUUUGGGACUCUGGCAAGGAGCUGAAUGGGACUCUGCAGGAGGAGCGGAAUCAGCGUCUGUCCUGUCGUAGUUUUUUCCAUAGUCUGAGCGAGCUGCGGGGUAAAGAGCGCUCGCUGCUGUUCGGAGACUUCAUCGUCCUCUUUAACUCAUCGUCCUCUCUGGCGUACCUGCGUGUCUGGGAUCAGAGCGAGCGUUACCUGGCCGCCUUUAACUGGGCAGAAGAGGCGGCGCUGCUGGAGCUGAGGGAUGCGGCGCUGCCCAAGCAGGCGGCGGUGGUCCUCAGUACCAACAGCACCGUCAUGCCGACAGACAGCAGCGUGGACCUGACAAACCUGCGGCUCGGCCCCGGACAGGCUGCACUCCUCAGGUUUCCCUACACAGGAUAGAGCUUAGAUCCAACUGUGAGCUGGUAAGGUUUAGAUAAAAUGAUGAGUAUCGUGAUGUAAGAAAUUUUAGUAACUGUUGAAAAGCAGCAGUAGUUAACUUGGUCAAAAUGUUUUUGUCUCACAGCUCAGUUCCUUCACAUUAACUGUAUGUUGGUGAAUAUUAAUCUUACCACAUUAUGAUAAGUCAGCUUUCUCUAUAUUGUGCAUUUGUGAAAACAAAAUAAAAAUAAAGUAAAGUUU